AUGAAGGCGUCUUCCAUGGGAAUGCGCUCAGGGAUGCCACGCUGGGAAGGUCUUCACCUCGAGAGGGAGGCUUCGGGAGGCGCCAGCGUGGAGACCCGCGCGGAACAGGGAAAAGCCAAACGCGGACUAGAGGUUGGCCGCAAGGGGGCGCUAGGAUGGGUGAGACAGCGAUCCAGCAGCGCCAGGACGGCCCGCGGGGGGCGCCCGGGCUCGGUCCCGAAGGCGCAGCCCGGAGAAGAGCCCACGAGGAGCGAUGUGCGCCAGGGCAGCUUUAGGAGAGUCCGGGGCUGCGAGGUGCCGCUGCGCGGAAAGCGGAGCCGGGAGCCAGGCUGCCGCGUGCCGGUGCGAGUCACCUCCGACCCCGGCGCUUCCGUCUUUAUCCUUCAAAUGGGGGCGCGCCGGAGUGUGGGUUCAGUGGGCAAGGCGUCGGAGCCCCGUCCACCCGGGCGUGUUCGCCACCCGAGGGUCCGGACGCAACGCCCUGUUUUCCCGAAACCGCGAGGGGAACAACAGAGCCAGGCCCAACAGUUCUCACAGCUGGUGCUCGGGGAUGUGGCUCUGCUGGGCGGGGGCCCCUACAUGCUCUGCACUGAUGGACAGCAGCUGCUGCGACAGGUCCUGCAUCCUGAGGCCUCUAGGAAGAACCUGGUACUCCCCGACACCUUCUUCUCCUUCUACGACCUCCGCAGAGAGUUCCAUGUGCAGCACCCAAGCGCCCGCCUCGCCAGGGACCUCACCGUGGCCACCAUGGCACAGGAGUUGGGGCUGGAAACAGAUGCCACAGAGGAUGACUUUGGGGUCUGGGAAGUGAAGACAAUGGUAGCUGUCAUCCUCCACCUACUUGAAGGGCCCAAUGAUCAAUUGUUUUCGAAGCCCGAGGUGAUAAAGCAGAAAUAUGAGACGGGACCUUGCAGCAAGGCUGAGGUGGUGGACAGUGAGACUGUGGUUCGGGCCCGUGGGCUGCCCUGGCAGUCAUCAGACCAGGACGUGGCUCGCUUCUUCAAAGGACUCAACAUUGCCAGGGGUGGUGUCGCCCUCUGCCUCAAUGCCCAGGGGCGAAGAAAUGGCGAGGCCCUCAUCCGCUUUGUGGACAGCGAGCAGCGGGACCUAGCGUUGCAGAGACACAAGCACCACAUGGGUGUCCGCUACAUUGAGGUAUAUAAAGCAACAGGAGAGGAGUUUGUAAAGAUCGCAGGGGGCACAUCACUAGAGGUGGCUCGGUUCCUGUCACGGGAAGAUCAAGUGAUCCUGCGGCUGCGGGGACUGCCCUUCUCAGCUGGGCCAGCAGACGUGCUCGACUUCCUGGGGCCAGAGUGCCCAGUGACGGGGGGUGCCGAUGGGCUGCUCUUUGUGCGCCACCCUGACGGCAGGCCCACUGGCGAUGCCUUUGCACUCUUUGCCUGUGAGGAGCUGGCACAAGCUGCACUGCGCAGGCACAAGGGCAUGCUGGGUAAGCGAUACAUUGAACUCUUCCGGAGCACUGCAGCCGAGGUGCAGCAGGUCCUGAACCGCUACGCUUCCAGUCCACUCCUUCCCACACUGACUGCUCCACUGCUGCCCAUCCCCUUCCCAAUGGUAGCUGGGACUGGGAGAGACUGUGUACGCCUCCGAGGCCUGCCCUACACAGCCACCAUCGAAGACAUCCUAAGCUUCCUGGGGGAGGCAGCAGCUGACAUCCGGCCCCAUGGUGUGCACAUGGUGCUCAACCAGCAGGGCCGGCCAUCCGGCGAUGCCUUCAUCCAGAUGACGUCAGCAGAGCGGGCCUUAGCUGCUUCUCAGCGUUGCCAUAAGAAAGUGAUGAAGGAACGCUACGUGGAGGUAGUUCCCUGCUCCACAGAGGAGAUGAGCCGUGUGCUGAUGGGGGGCACUUUGGGCCGCAGCGGCAUGUCUCCUCCACCCUGCAAACUGCCCUGCCUCUCGCCACCAGCCUACGCCACCUUCCAAGCCACCCCAACACUCAUUCCCACUGAGACGGCAGCUCUCUAUCCCUCUUCAGCACUGCUCCCAGCUGCCAGGGUGCCUGCUGCCCCCACUCCCAUUGCCUACUACCCCGGGCCAGCCACUCAACUCUACAUGAACUACACAGCUUACUACCCCAGCCCCCCAGUCUCUCCCACCACUGUGGGCUACCUCACCACGCCCCCUGCGGCCCUGGCUUCUGCUCCUACCUCAGUGUUGUCCCAGCCAGGAGCCCUGGUCCGUAUGCAGGGUGUCCCAUACACAGCUGGUAUGAAGGAUCUGCUCAGCGUCUUUCAGGCCUACCAGCUAGCCCCUGAUGACUACACCAGCCUGAUGCCUGUUGGUGACCCACCUCGCACUGUGCUACAGGCCCCCAAAGAGUGGGUGUGUUUGUAGGUGAGGGAGUCAGGAGGUAAGAGCUGGC